GAGCGUCUGAGGAGCCGCGGGCUGCUGCGGACUCGGGCGCCGUGCCGCGCCGCGCCGCGCCGGCCGGAGCCGCCGGAAGAGGCCCAGGGAGCCGCUCGCCCCGACCCCGCCGCCCAAUGUUCUCAAGAUGGAGGCAGCGGGGGCGGCGGCGUGAGGAAAGCGGCGCUGUGGGCGCGGACGCAGGGGCCCCGGCGGCCCGGGCGGAGGCGGUGGCGGGAUGGGGCUGCUCCUCAUGAUCCUGGCGUCGGCCGUGCUGGGCUCCUUCCUCACCCUCCUCACUCAGUUCCUGCUGCUUUACCGCAAACAGCCCGAGCCGCCGCCGGACGAGAGCGCCCGCGCGGGCGACGGCUUCCGCUACCUCAAGCCGGUGCCGGGCCUGGCCCUGCGGGAGUACCUUUAUGGCGGCGGCGGGGCUGAGGAGCCCUCGGGCGGGCCCCCAGAGGGCGGCGCGACCCCGGCCGCGGCCCCCGAGACCCCCGCCCCGCCGACGCGGGAGACCUGCUACUUCCUCAACGCCACCAUCCUGUUCCUGUUCCGGGAGCUGCGGGACACCGCGCUGGCCCGCCGCUGGGUCACCAAGAAGAUCAAGGUGGAGUUCGAGGAGCUGCUGCAGACCAAGACGGCCGGGCGCCUGCUGGAGGGGCUGAGCUUGCGGGACGUGUUCCUGGGCGAGGCCGUGCCCUUCAUCAAGACCAUCCGGCUCCUCCGGCCCGUGGUGCCCUCGGCCCCCGGAGAGCCCGACGGCGCCGAGGGGGAGGCGCUGCCCGCCACCUCCCCCGAGGAGCUGGCCUUCGAGGCGGAGGUGGAGUACAACGGGGGCUUCCACCUGGCCAUCGACGUGGACUUGGUCUUCGGCAAGUCCGCCUACCUCUUCGUCAAGCUGUCCCGCGUGGUGGGGCGGCUGCGCUUCGUCCUCACCCGCGUGCCCUUCACCCACUGGUUCUUCUCCUUCGUGGAGGACCCGCUGAUCGACUUCGAGGUGCGCUCCCAGUUUGAGGGGCGGCCCAUGCCCCAGCUCACCUCCAUCAUCGUCAACCAGCUCAAGAAAGUCAUCAAGCGCAAGCACACCCUCCCGAGUUACAAGAUCAGGUUUAAGCCGUUUUUUCCAUUCCAAACCUUGCAAGGAUUUGAAGAAGAUGAAGAAGAGCAUAUCCAUAUACAACAAUGGGCGCUUACUGAAGGUCGCCUUAAAGUUACAUUGUUAGAAUGUAGCAGGCUACUCAUUUUUGGAUCCUAUGACAGAGAGGCAAAUGUUCAUUGCACACUUGAAUUGAGCAGUGGUGUUUGGGAAGAAAAACAAAGGAGUUCUAUUAAGACGGCUGAAUUAAUAAAGGGGAAUUUACAAAGUGUCGGACUUACGCUUCGUCUUGUUCAGUCAACUGAUGGGUAUGCUGGGCACGUCAUAAUUGAGACUGUGGCCCCAAACUCACCUGCUGCACUUGCAGAUCUUCAGCGGGGAGAUCGACUGAUUGCUAUUGGAGGUGUGAAGAUAACAUCUACCCUGCAAGUGUUGAAGCUGAUCAAGCAGGCUGGUGACCGAGUCCUGGUGUAUUAUGAAAGGCCUGUCGGCCAGAGUAAUCAGGGUGCAGUGCUGCAAGAUAACUUUGGACAGUUGGAAGAAAACUUUCUGUCAAGCUCAUGCCAACCAAAUUAUGAAGAGGAAAUAACUGGGUUGGCAGUAGACGCUGAAAAUAGAGACCUGGAUUCUGAAUUUGAAGACUUGGCAAGUGAUGUCAGAGCACAAAGUGAGUUCAAAGAUGAGGCACAAUCACUAAGUCAUAGUCCCAAACGUACUCCGACAACACUUUCUGUUAAACCCCUUGGAACUAUAUCGCCAGUUUUAAACCGUAAAUUAGUUGUAGGAAGUCACCCACCACCACCAAAAAUUCCAUCCAAAGAAGGAAGUAAACCCUUAGCCCUAAAAACUUGUGAGAUAACAGACCCAGCGCACGUGUCAAAACCCACCCAAGGAUCCAUUUUCAAACCACCCGUGCCACCACGACCACAAGUGAAAGUUCCUUUGCCUUCUGCUGAUGCCCCAAAUCAGGCAGAACCAGAUGUUCUUGUUGAAAAGCCAGAGAAGGUGCUGCCUCUUCCUCCUGCAGAUAAGCCUGUUGAAAAGCAAGCAAAAAAUACAGAUCACGUAGAAGAUGCAGCUGCAUGUAAGCAGUUUUUAGCAAAGCAAGAAGUGGCGAAAGAUUUUCCUUCAGAAAGUUCCUGCCCUCCAAAGGACAGUUCGGAUGAUCCUCAAAUGUGGGAAUCAUCAGAAAUUCCUUAUCGUAAUAAGCUAGGAAAAUGGACAAGAACGAGAGCGACCUGUUUCUUUGACAUAGAAGCCAGCCACAGAUACUUAAACGUUGCACUGUGGUGCAGGGAUCCUUUCAAGUUAGGGGGCCUCAUCUGUUUGGGGCAUGUUAGCUUAAAACUUGAAGAGGUGGCAUUAGGAUGCCUAGCUACAUCAAACAUGGAAUACCUUUCAAAAUUCAGAUUAGAAGCCCCAACACCUAAGGCUAUGGUCACAAGAACCGCACUCCGCAAUCUGAGUAUGCAGAAGGGAUUCAAUGACAAAUUUUGCUUUGGUGACAUUACUAUUCAAUUCAAAUAUGUGAAAGAAGGAGAACCAGACCACCAUAUAGUUUCUAACGUAGAGAAAGAAAAAGAACUCCAUUUGGUUGAAGAGGUUUCUGCCCUACCUAAAGAGGAGCACUUUGUUGGACAGAUGGGUGUAACAGAAAAUAAACAUAGUUUCCAAGAUACUCAGUUCCAGAACCCAACUUGGUGUGAUUACUGUAAGAAAAAAGUUUGGACUAAAGCUGCUUCCCAGUGUAUGUUCUGUGCUUAUGUUUGCCAUAAAAAAUGUCAGGAAAAGUGUCUAGCCGAGACUCCUCUUUGUGGAGCAACUGAUAGGCAGAUAGAGCGGACCCUGAAAACCCUCAGAGUGGAAGGACAAGAAACCCUCCAAGGCCUCCCGCCUCGUGUUGACUCCGAAGCUAGCAAGUCAGUUAAUAAAACAACAGGUUUGACGAGACAUAUUAUCAAUACUAGCUCUCGUUUGUUAAACUUGCGUCAAGUCUCUAAAACUCGCCUAUCGGAACCAGGAACUGAUCUAGUAGAACCUUCACCAAAACACACCCCGAACACAUCAGACAACGAAGGCAGUGACACAGAGGUCUGUGGUCCAAACAGUCCUUCUAAACGGGGAAACAACACAGGAAUAAAGUUAGUGAGAAAGGAGGGCGGUCUGGACGACAGUGUUUUCAUUGCAGUUAAAGAAAUUGGUCGUGAUCUCUACAGGGGCUUGCCUACAGAGGAAAGGAUCCAGAAACUAGAGUUCAUGCUGGAUAAACUGCAAAAUGAAAUUGAUCAGGAGUUGGAACACAAUAAUUCCCUUGUUAGAGAAGAAAAAGAGACAACCGAUACAAGGAAAAAAUCACUUCUUUCUGCUGCUUUGGCUAAAUCAGGUGAAAGACUACAAGCUCUAACACUGCUUAUGAUCCACUAUAGAGCAGGUAUUGAAGACAUCGAAUCUUUAGAAAGUCUGUCUUUAGACCAGCACUCCAAAAAAAUAAGCAAGUACACAGAAGAUACAGAAGAGGACCUUGAUGAUAGUGAAAUAACCCAGCUAAUAGACUCGCAGCCUUUCAGCAGCAUAUCAGAUGACUUAUUUGGCCCAUCUGAGUCUGUGUAACAGACAGUCUCUUUAAACUUUCCACUGAUUGGGGGAAAGCUGCAUCUAAAGUACCACAGAUAAAACCAUGUUUAAACCCUCUUAUAAUGCACUUGGACUGCUUCUCCACAGUUAUUGCUUGUUUAAGAACAAGAAUGAAAAAGAUGGUUUUCCAGCAGAAACAUGACCAGCUCACUAAAUUGGUUGUUGCAGAUUGCAUUUAUAGCUGUGCUUUUGGGUUUAUACUGGGAAUUUAUUUUUACUAAUUUAUUUUUAACUUUUUCUAAUUAUGUAAUUAUGUAAGCUAACUUUUCAUGUUUAUGUAUGUGUGAUGUCUGAUGUUAUUUUCCUUCUAGUUUUUGAAUUAGUGUUAAAUAGGCUACUGUCCAGAUUCUUGAAAUGUUUUCAUUUCCAUCAUGGUUAUAGCAAAUUUGUUGCAUGCCCAAUUGACAACAGCAAUCAUUGAGGGAACAGGUUUGAAUCUUACCUUGCGUUAUGAAGUUUGUCAUCUCUACUUACUGGAGAUUUUUGUUGUUUUGUGGUUUUGGGGAGUGCUUUUGUUUUUGCCAAAUGUAACGCGAAAGCAGAUGCUGCAGCUUUAGUUGGUUAUGCUGAUUUAGUAAAAAAAAAAAGUUUUACAUAUAUUGCUUGCUUUCUAUGCUUCUGUGAAAUUUUUUUUCUGAAGUUUUUAUACAUUUGAAGUAUAGUAAGAAUAUAGUGGUUAAUUUGAAGAGCUUGCAUUGAAAAAAUGUAAUAGGGAAUAAACAUGGAAUGCAGUUGGUCAAGAAUUUUGUAGAGAGGGUAAGAAGAUUACUAAAAAACAGUAACCGGUAGGAUUUUGAAAUGUCUUUCAAAAUGUUGAUGCUUUCUUUUUAAAUGAAAGUUCUAAACAUUUAUGAUUAUUUUUCAUCUUCAGUUCUCCCAUAGGAAAUAAAGCAUGUGCAAGGAUAUUGAAAGUUUCAGAGGACUGUUCUUAAAAUGAUUGUGUUGAUAACUAGUUUUGGCUGUUUUGUGUUAGAAACAUUUUCAUGCAGGAGAAUGUUGUGAAGGAGAGGAGUUAUGCAAAAUAGAUUCAGUUCUUUGUCUGACAUCCUCCAGGCUUAAAAAAUGAGGAUCAUUCUGAAUGCUUCUAUAAUUCAAACUAUCUUUAUUUAAAAAAAUUAAUAAAAAUAGACAGUACAGAUACAUAGGAAUUGGGGCCAGUUCUCUGAAAAUGAAGAUCUACUCUGAUACUCAGUCCAUCAUGUGGAUCCCAGUAACAUAUGACUGAGGGAAAAUGUGAGCAUGACAUCUGUUGGUAUACCAUAAAAGUUUUGGCCUUUCAUAUGCCUAUAAAAUAGAUAUGUAUAUGUAUUUUCCUUUUGUAGUUAACUACUAUGAUAAUUGAUAUAUACUGAAACUGACAUGAAUUUAAAACUAGUUGGAGCAUCUUUUAUGGCUGGCAGGAAAGGGCAUAGUACAAUAGUAAAGAUUCUGGCCCAGUCUAUAGCUCAGGACUCCGUACAAAAGUUCAAGCUCUUCCAUUGGCCAUUGAUGAACUGUGUAACAAUAGGCUAGCCACAAAAGGGCUCUGUGCCACCGUCUCCCCAGCUCUAAGGUAGGAUAAACAAGACUUACUCUAACUACCUCACAGGAUUGUUGUGAGGAAAACAAUAGCAUCACUGUGAAAGUGCUCUGAACAGUAAAAAGCUAUUCAAAUAAAAGGUAUGACUUAUAUGGGUGAUAAAUACAUUUUUGAGGGUAGAAAAGUUAUUCCACUUUUAAAAUCAAUAGCCAAUUCUCAUUCCUGUUAUUUUAUUAAGUGAAAUAUUAGGAAACUAAACACCUUUCUUGGCCAAGUUUAUAACAAAAAUAUAUCUGUGUAUACCCCCCUUUUUUGUUUUCUAUGUAAGCAUGUUUGCAUUUUAAAAGAACACUGCUAUAGAAGUCUUUAUACACCUUAUUCUCUGAAAGUUAAAAUGCUGUUCUGUAACAUAUGCUUGAAACAAUCUACCUAAUGUAAUAACCAGCUUUCAUCUUAUCAUAAAAAAUAACUUACCAUUGAUAAUGUGGAAGGCGGAGUGUCUGUAAGUUGCUGGUGUUUAUGGGUUAUAUCAUGGAAGUUUUAGUGACAUCCAAGCAUGCUGCUGCAACUGACGCAUUUGAAAGAGCUGUAGAAAUAAUGCAAAACUUUGGUUUUAUGAAAAUCUACUCGUGUUAAAAGUAUUUAACUCUGUAGAAGUACAAUUAUGGAAAGCUCGGUAAUGCUGCUAUUGAUAUUUGUAAAAUACACCUUUAAUGUAGUGCACUAUUUUUAUAUCUACUGGGAGAGGCAGUAGAGGAAUCACAGUUGUCCUUUAAUGCAGAGGGACACUCCACAUAGCCUAGUGGAUAGUAAGGUAGAAGGCUUCAGUGAAAACACUUGUACUAUACUACAUUCCUGAUGUAAUCUUGCUGCCAUGCUAUGUUAUCUAUAGCUAAAAAAUAAUAAAAACUACCACAGAAAACAAGAA